CUUGCUCCUCAUCGUCCUUGGGGGCCUCUUUGGCAGUCUUGUCCGCCACCGUUGGGGCCUUCGGGGGAGCCUGGGGGGCCUCUGGGGCCAUCUCGGCAAUCUUGCCCACCCCUGUCCCCAGAGCGGAGGAAAAGGGCUGUGCACGCGGUCCGCCUGGCUCAAGCGCGCGGCCAGUUCCACCUGCCUGCAGGGGCCCGCAGCACUGGCAGUCACACCGCUCGCCCGCAGCCAGCAUGCCGGGCGCGGGCCCCCGCGGGGGCAACGACGCAUUCACGGCCCAGCUCCUGAACAAGACGCGCUUGUGCAGCUUCUACGAGAGUGGCAACUGCUCCCGGGGUGAGCACUGCGGCUUCGCGCACGGGAGAGAUGCUCUGCGCAAGGCCCCGGACUUCUCGUUCACCCAGCGCUGCAGGAGCUUCAUGGAGACUGGGACGUGCAGGCAGGGCAGCGCGUGCACGUUCGCCCACGCGCCGGGCCAGCUGCGGCGCUGGAGGCACAGCUGGUAUGCCAAGCGCAACAGCAGCGGCUCCAGGCGCGGCUCGGUGGAGGGCGUGCCGCAGGAGUGCGAACUGCAGCAGCAGCAGCCGCAGCCGCAGCAGCCGCAGCCGCAGCCGCAGCCGCAGCCGCAGCCGCAGCGCCCGGUUGCCCCCGGCGCCCGCUCCGCGGCCGCCCGCGCGGCCUCGCGCUUCCAGGACGUGCCCGCGCCGGGGGCCGCGCCGCGCGAGCGGCAGCGGCAGCCGCAGGCCCCGCGUGCCCCGGAGGGGCCCGGCGCCGAGGCCGCCGGGCGAGGCGCGCGCCGCGGCCCGGCGCUGCGCCGCGCCUCCGCGCCGCAGCGGCCCGCCGGCGCGCAGGCUCCGCGCCCGGAGGCCCCGGCGGAGGGCAGCACGCCCCUGAGCCCGGGGGCGGCGAUGUUCGUGCCGCAGCCCCACGGGGGAGGGGAGGAGGCGGCCCAGGUCAGCGCGCUGCUGCACGCGCUGGACGUGCUGCCGCGGUCGGGCGGCGCCGAGGCCGCGGGGCGGGCGUGCGGCCGGGGCGACGGGGAGCCCGUGCGCUGCAGGGAGGGCGGCGCGGGCCCGGACGAGCUCCAGACCGGGGCAAGGUUGCAGCUCGUGUGCCUGCCGCCUCCCGACCCCUGGGAAGUCAGCAGGGGAAUCCACGAGAGCAGCGAUGAGUUCGACGUGCAGUCCGUGUGCAGUGUGGUGACCGCGGACGACGACACCCAGAUUUACUGUGGCCGGGUCAAGGAGGACUCCUCCCCGCGCCUGGCGCCGACCGUCCGGCGCACGUUCCUGCACUUCUUCGUGCCGGGCGAGGGCAGCAGUCUCGGCAGCCGCCACCGCGCCUCGUCGGCGCACUGAAGGCGAGGGCCAUCGGGAGAUCAUGGCCGGCACCAGCCGGCGCUCUGCCUCCCAGCGCUCUGCCGCGCGGCCGGCCCAGCCCUUGUCGCGGGCUGUGCGCAGCGGUGCGCUCCGGCAAGAGCUUCCAGGUGGACGCAGCUAUGGAGGCGGGAAGGCUCGGAGAGGCGGCAGUCUCAACCUCUCCGCCAGGAGGUGCGGGGCCCACCCAAGCUUCUUCGAAUUCGACCACAGAGGCGAGUUGAGGAUAUACGAUCUGGGCAUGCUGGAGGACAUCACGCGGAUGGGGGAGAGCUGUCACUCACUCAGGCUGAACGGGGAAGCGUCGUCUUGACGACUUGCAGUGCGCGCCCGUUCAAUUAGCCUUCGGCGCCAUCCUCGCCAUUGCAUCCGUUUGACAGCACCUCCACGCCACUUCGUGAAUUUUAAGUCUUUUCCCCCUCCUUGGUCUGGGGCUGCAGGCGCAGGUGAAACCACGUUGUUUGUCAGGUGCCAACAUACGUGCUUUCUCAUGUGCGGAGCUGUGCGUUGCCAUGAUAUCACAAGCCAUGCUAACACGCUUUACAGCUGUCUCUGGCCUUUUGUACUAUGGUGUGAUUGGG